GUUGCGUCAUUUUGCAAUGUUCGUGUAUAAAUAGAGUGGGGGCACGACCUCAGUUUUCGCCAACUCAUAUUCCUCAUAAUACAAGCAGUUCGCAGGUUUUGCUAGCUCGCAGUUGCAUUAAUGGACACCACUAAGCUCCUGCUGACCGACCUCGCACCAACUGUGAGCCAUGUUCCCUCAAAUUACAUUCGACCCAUUUCCGACCGGCCAAAUCUCUCCGAGGUUCAGAUAUCUGAUCAGGGCUUCAUUCCUCUCAUCGAUCUCCGAGGCCUGGAGGGCCCCAAUCGUAAGGAUAUUAUCAAACAGAUUGGCCAGGCAUGUCAACAUGAUGGUUUCUUUCAGGUUAAAAAUCAUGGAAUACCAGUGGCAAUUAUUAGUAAAAUCCUGGGCAUAGCAAGAGAGUUUUUCCGAUUGCCAGAGAGCGAGAGGUUGAAGAAUUACUCCGACGACCCUUCCAAAACCACCAGGCUUUCCACUAGUUUCAAUGUUAAGACAGAAAAAGUUUCCAACUGGAGAGAUUUCUUAAGACUCCAUUGCUAUCCUCUCGAGGACUAUGUGCACGAAUGGCCUUCAUAUCCUCCGUCCUUCAGGGAGGACUUGGCUGAGUACUGCACCAGUAUCAGAGGGUUAGUGCUAAGACUUCUCGAGGCCAUAUCCGAGAGCUUAGGCCUGCAAAGAGACUACAUUGAGAAGGCAUUGGGGAAGCAAGCCCAACACAUGGCAUUGAAUUACUAUCCACCCUGUCCGCAGCCAGAGCUUACUUAUGGUUUGCCUGGCCAUACUGAUCCUAAUUUAAUAACAAUUCUUCUUCAGGAUGAUGUUCCUGGAUUGCAGGUUUUAGGAAAUGGCAAAUGGAUUGCUGUCAAUCCCAUUCCAAAUACCUUCAUUAUCAACAUUGGAGACCAAAUGCAGGUGAUUAGCAAUGAUCAACACAAGAGUGUGCUGCAUCGAGCCGUUGUGAACUGCAACAAGGAGAGAAUAUCCAUUCCAACAUUCUACUGUCCAUCUCCAGAUGCUGUGAUUGGACCUGCUAAGGAGCUGAUCAACGAUGAUCAGCCAGCAGUGUAUAGAAAUUUUACCUAUGGGGAGUACUAUGAGAAGUUUUGGAAAAGAGGCCUUGCAACUGAAUGCUGUUUGGACAUGUUCAGAGUGGAUCUAGCUAGUGCUUGAGCUAUUAUAAUGCCUCUGCGAUGCUGCUAAGCAACAUGU